AUGAAUUUUGACGUUGCCAACCCACAGGCUAUGCCCGCUGGUUAUAAACCUUCCCCACUGGGGCCCUAUGGCUCUCCACGCAGUUCACCUUUCCGACGACCAGAGUCUCCUGCGUCGCCAACUGCUGUACGACAAUCUUCGACACAAGUAACGCCUUCUGGAUCACCCACCAAAGCAUCUUACGCAACUAACAACGGACGAUUCGGCAACCCUACUACACCAACAGACACAGCAGAGAGCCGCACGCCAAAGAUACGAACACCUACCGGUGACGGUAAUAACAUCAUGGUCUCGCCAAUCGCUGCGCGACCUGGCCUGAAGAAGGCCGUCAGCCACGGAAAUGCAAUGUCUCAACUGCAACCUGCGCAAGUCAGGACACUCAGAGAAGGAUUCGAGAUACUGGAUCGAGACAGCGACGGCGUCAUUAACAGAGAAGAUGUGGCGGACAUGCUGGGCCAGCUGGGUCUACCGGCGGGCGCGUCCGACGUGUCGCAAUUCUUCCCCCCAUCCACCCCUCAAACAAUGACGAUGGCAGCCUUCCUCAACUCCCUGGCCACGAUGCUCGCAUCAUUAUCCCCCCAAGCUGAACUGCUGUCCGCCUUUUCUGCGUUUGACGAUGACGACAGCGGCCAAAUAAACCUCAACGAACUACGAGAUGCGCUGCUGCACACGGCGCCGGAGCCCGGUGAGCGACCGCUGACCGAGGCCGAAGUUGAGAAGGUGAUUGAGGGUUUCACAGGUCGGCGAGCUUUCAACCGUAAUAUGCAAGGCGGGCUGGGCAAGCGCGGCGAAGUAUUCAGAUAUCAAGAUUUCGUUAAUUCCAUCAUGGGAUCCAACACGACGUCAGAGGCAAACUCGGCCGAGGCGUCGGAGGACUGA